AGCGGAUAUCUGAAAAGAAAUGCACAUUGCCAUAACUGAACCUCAGCUCCGGAGGCUUCCUAAAGCUCAGUGAUUGUACACACUAAGAAGCAAGCAGGAGGAAUUACUCCAGGAGAAACUAUGGACAUACUAUUGUAGAGAUGGAGAUUAAGGAAGAACCCUGCAGAAUAAAAGAUGAAGAUACAGAGGAACAAAUAGAAGAAGCAAGCAGGAGGAAUUACUCCAGGAGAAACUACGGACAUACUAUUGUAAAGAUGGAGAUUAAGGAAGAACCCUGCAGAAUAAAAGAUGAAGAUACAGAGGAACAAAUAGAUCGUAUGGAUGUGAAUGUUUUGAAACAUGAGUUUCGAAGACCUCAUUUCACAAAUGAAGAUGGAAACGCAGUCAUUUCACAGACUGAAAAGAAUUUCAUGCAGAAAAGUGCUGGAAAAACUGGAGUCAAAGGAUCUUUAACCUGUUCUGAGUGUGGAAAGAGUUUCACAAAUACAUCAAACCUUAAGAAACACAUGAGAAUUCACACUGGAGAAAAACCGUUCACAUGCUCUCAGUGUGGAAAGAGUUUCGGGAGCAAACGUACUCUUGAAGAUCAUCUGCACACUCACUCUGGAGUGAGAUCAUUCAGCUGUGAUCAGUGUGAUAAAACAUUUGGUUUUGAACAAAACUUAAGAAGACACCUUAAAGUUCAUGCUGGUGUGAAGCCUCACUUUUGUUCUUUUUGUGGAAAGUGUUUUUCACGACUGGAAAAUUUAAAAGAGCAUGAGAGUAUUCAUACUGGUGUGAGACCUUAUAUGUGCUUUGACUGUGGGAAGACCUUUAUUACAUCCAGCCACUUAAAAACACACCAGAGAGUUCAUACUGGAGAGAAACCGUACAAGUGUUCACACUGUGGAAAGAGUUUCACUCUGUCAGGAAACCUGAAAGAUCAUGAGAGAAUUCAUACUGGAGAGAAACCGUACCAGUGCUCUUCAUGUGGGAAGAACUUCACCCAAUUAUCUAAUCUACAGAAUCAUAAGAAAAAGCAUUGCCUGAUGUUGCCUAAAUUAGCAAAUGUACAUGUUCAGAAUUAGUUUAAUCUAAGGGUAAUUUUCAAAAAUCAGUUAUGAAGUUUGAUCAUUUGUCAAAUGAAAUUUUUGCAGGGUCAGUAAAAGUUCAUGAAACUAGUGUUGCAGUAAAAUACUGUGAUUUAUGCAGAUUUCAAUUAUUUUCAUUAAUUGUGCUUUAUCACAAAUAGAAAUGAUGCAUUGAGAACAUGUUGAAAAGACUUUCUUGCAUUUUGAGAAAUGAUCUGUACAUUUUGAGACAAAGAAAUAAAAAGGAACGGAACAGA